CGAUAACUUGCUAUACCACAACAGCUUUCGAUCCAGAGACUUUCCAAACUUUGCAAGCCUCCAUCUCUCGUUCCGCUGAUUACGCUCGACACCUCUGCAAAAUGGAAGUCCUCCUUGGCCUCACCGGCCGCGAUUUCACCAUCAUCGCCGCCAGCAAAGCCGCCAUGCGCGGUGCCACCAUCCUCAAGUCGUCCGACGACAAGACCCGGCAACUGAACAAGCACACCCUCCUCGCCUUCUCUGGCGAGCCAGGCGACACCAUCCAGUUCGCGGAGUACAUCCAGGCAAACGUCGCCCUGUACACGAUGCGCAACGAGUCCGACCUCUCCCCGAGCGCCGUGGCCAGCUUCGUCCGUGGGGAACUCGCACGUAGCUUGAGAAGCAGGAAACCGUACAACGUGAACCUGCUGCUCGGUGGGAUGGAUCCCAUCACCAAGCAACCCAGUCUGUACUGGUUGGAUUACCUUGCCAGUAGCGCAAAGGUACCCUACGCCGCGCAUGGCUAUGCUCAAUACUACUGUCUCUCCAUCCUCGACAAGCAUCAUCAUCCAGAUAUCUCCUUCGAGCAAGGCAUGAAGAUCUUACGUAUGUGCACGGAUGAGUUGCAGCGACGGUUACCUAUUGAUUUCAAGGGUAUGACGGUCAAGGUGGUCAAGAAGGAUGGCAUCGUGGAUAUGGAGUAUGACACGAGUAAACAAGUCCUGGCCGCCUAGUCCUCUCACCCAGAUACCUGAAAUGGGACUGGAAAACGGAUCAGGGAUGGGGAAUUGUAGAAUUAAAUAUGCAUAGCGCGGCGCAAAAUGGGACAAUACAAUUUUCAAAAUCAGGCAAAAUCAAUUGGGGGUAUCAAUUGCUUGGUGAUGCGAGGUCACUGAAUCCUACAUCUCUAUCGUAGCUCUGAUGUCAAAGCCAAAGGGCUCCUGGCCCAAUAUCG